CCCCCGACGCCUCCCCGACGGAUGCAGAGCAGAGCCGGCGUUCGGCCGCGAGAGCAGACUCUGUCUCCGAGGACGUCCUCCUCCUCUUCCUCGUCGCCAUGACCAGCCACGAGCAGCCCCGCCCGCACCCGGCCUGGCUGCCGGGAAAGAGCCCACAGUUCGUCGCGACGAUAGUCGUGAACCUGAUCGCCUUCUCGUUCGGCUGCGCGUGCGGCUGGCCGUCCGUGGCGGGGCCGCGGCUCAGCGCGCUGGGCUGCUCCGAGGAGGCCCUGUCCUGGGUGGCGGCCGUGGUGUGGCCCGCCGGGCUGGUGGGCGCCGCGCUCUUCGGCCCGCUCACGGAGCGCCUCGGCCGUCGGCUGUCGGCGCUGCUCGUCGCCGUGCCGCUCGCGGCCGGCUGGCUCAUCCUGCUGCUGCCGCAGCUCUGGCGCGACAUGGACGCCGCCGUCGCCGUGGAAGCGGAGGACGCCGUCAACGCGACAUCGGCGGAGCCCGUCAUGCUCGAGGACGGCGGCGUCGACAACAUCCUGAUGUCGGUGCUGGCCGGGCGGGCGAUCCUGGGCGUGGGCAUGGGCGGCGUGCUCAUCGUGUGCCCCAUGUACGUCGGCGAGGUGGUCGAGGACGCGCUGCGCGGCCAGCUCGGCUCGUACAUGCCGCUCUUCAUCAACGCUGGCAUCCUGUACGUGUACGCGCUGGGCGCGCAGGUGGGCUGGAGCGCGCUGGCGCUGCUGUGCGCCGCCUUCCCCGUCGCGUUCCUCGCGCUCUUCUUCUGCAUGCCGGAGACCCCCAUGUACAUGCUGAGCCGGGGUGACGAGCGCGGCGCCAUGGACUCGUUCAUGUGGCUGCGCGACCCGCGGCGCGGGGACGUCGACGGCGAGCUCAGCACGCUCAAGGCGUCCGUCAAGCGCAGCGACGCGGACGGCGGCGGCGGCCACGGCACCGUCAACGCGCGCGACCUGGUGGCGACGCGCGGCUCGCGGCACGCCCUCGUCAUCGUCCUGGGCCUUCUCGCGCUGCAGCAGUUCUCCGGCAUCACGGCCAUCCUCAACUACGCCAACAGCAUCUUCGACAUGGCGGGCAGCACGCUGCGGCCCGACGUGGCCUCCGUGGUGGUGGCGGCCGUGCAGCUGCUGGGCUCGGUGGCGGCUUGCGGGCUGGCCGACAGCCUGGGCCGCCUGCCGCUGCUGUUCGCGUCGUACGGCAGCAUGGCAGCUGCGCUGGGGCUGCUGGGCGCCUGCUUCCGCUGGCCGGGCCUGAUGCCCGGCUGGGUGCCCGUCGUCUGCCUCUCCUUCUACAUCCUGAUGUACGCCGUGGGCAGCGGGCCCGCGCCCUUCCUGCUGCUCGUCGAGGUGUUCCCCGCGCACCUACGCGCCCUGGCCUCGCAGGCGGGGCUCGGCGCCCUGUUCACGCUCGCCUUCCUGGUGGCCAAGUUCUUCUCCACGCUGUCCAACGCCCUGGGCGCGGCGGGCUGCUUCUGGCUCUUCGCCGGCUGCUGCACGGCGGGCGUCGUCUUCAUCCGCCUCACCAUCCCCGAGACCAAGGGCAGGGCCGUGGACGACAUCGUCGCGCAGCUCGAGGGCGGCGCCCCGCCCGCGCCCAGGAAGGUCAGCAAGGCCGACAGCAUAGUCUGAGAAUGUGUCUCAGACGCCCAUUUCAAGAGAGCGUAAACCAAAAUGACAAUAAUGCAUGUUUACAUUUUCCGUGUGUUUGUUUAAAUGUAUAUCUUUUUGUGUCUUUGUGUGGUUGUGGACCGUAUUGUUUAUUUUAUCGUCUCCUUUUCUGAUAUUAAUAUUGUAUUUAACCUUUGUUUUAAAAUGUA